CGGGUUCAACACUCGAGCCAACCCCGACGCACCAGUCCGUUCUACCCCCUCUCGCUUGCUGCACCAGGUUUAGCCUCACCCCCCUAAAAAAGGAGGACUGUGCUUUUAGCGAGCACCUCUAUAACGCCCCGUUUUGCAGGUUGUAAUGCAGCACUUCCUUCGCUCUGUACGGUUCGGUUCUAUGGCUGCUCGACGGGCGCUUUGGUUAACGGCGCUGCUUGCGGCGUUGGCGCGCACGGUGGUGCAUGCUGCCGGGCCGGUGGUGCGUUGCGAGCCCUGCGAUGCCGGAGCGCUUGGGCAGUGCAAGCCGCUGCCACGUGACUGCACGGAGCGGGUUCGGGAGCCGGGCUGCGGCUGCUGUCUGACGUGCGCGCUGCGGGAAGGACAGGCGUGCGGUGUGUACACGGGGCGCUGCGGAGCCGGACUGCGCUGUCUGCACCGGCCCGGAGAGAGCAAACCUUUGCAGGCUCUGUUGGAAGGAAGAGGGGUGUGCACCAGCGCCAAAAAGCCCAACACGUCGGUGCCCCCGGUUCCGCCGCUAAAAACCGAUAAUCCAGAGAAGCCUGUAGAGGAUCAUAUCACCACUACCACUGCAACAGUCAGCAGAGGAGUCCUAGCGGCCAAAGAAAUAGCAACAGUUUCAGAAGCUGAAGCUUCUGAAGAUGGUCAGAGAACCGAAGGGGAGCCUCUUCUGCACACCAAGCUGGGCAUAAUCCAGAUGGAAGAGUUCAAGCAAAGGCGGGUCUACAAAGUGGAGCCAGUCGCCAAGGGAGUUCAUCCUGAUAACCAUAAUUUCAGCCUGGAGUCCAAGAGAGAGACUGAGUAUGGUCCAUGUCGCAGAGAGAUGGAGAGUAUUUUGAAGAGUCUUAAGAUAACCAGUGUGCUCAACCCACGAUUCUUUCGCAUUCCAAAUUGUGACAGAAAGGGCUUCUACAAAAAGAAACAGUGUCGUCCAUCCAAAGGUCAUAAAAGAGGUCAAUGCUGGUGUGUGGACAAGUAUGGACAAUCUCUGCCAGGUUAUGAGGGCAAGGAACUAAGCCAAGUCCACUGUUACAACCAGGAAACGAAAUGAGAAACCCAGAAGGACAGUUUUGAGUCAUCAGGGUGGACUGGGAACGGGAUAAAGAUUCCCUUAUAAUGGUACACCAACAUUAAAAAGGGGGACGCAGAGAUUUUAAACGGUGCUGCCUUAAUUCUGAGCACCCUACCUAUGCACCGGAGCAGGGAGUCAUUCAACGAGGUGACUUUCACACAUCAGGAGAGUGGAAAGGGGAGGGAGGGAAAGAUCUGCACUAUUCUGUUUUUAUUAUACCCCAAAGAGGGCACCGUUUUAAUUAUACUAACAAAAGACAUUUUGAAAUGACUCGUCAGCCUUCAUUACACUUUGUAUAUGUGUGCCGGCUUCUUAUAGGUUUGAGUAAAAGUGGUCAGUUAUUUCUCUUUAAAAGUGAAAUGAAGCGCCUUUUUUAAAUCACUGCCUAACUAUCACAGUCUUUCUCAGAGCGCCGCUUCCAGUCUCUAAGCUUCUGGUGUAUGACCAUUGUAAAUGACAAUGCUCUGUAGUGCUGGCCCAUUUUUCCAUUGGCUUCAUCUCAAGCACUUGAUGCACUUUGGUCAACAAACACCUACCCCAUUCUGUUACAGUAGCUAUGUUCUGGAACAAUAUAGCACUUUGGCUUAGUCCACAUUAACAUGAGGUUAAUUUUAAAAUGCACCUAAAUCCAUUUAGUCAUAUUCAUAAAAACAAAGCAUAAAAACAAACAGAAUUAAAGUAAGCUGAAAUCUGAAGUAACCAGUUAGCUUUACUAGGCAACAGGGUGACUCCUAAAUGAGUUCAGACUCACUGCAUAGUGGAUUACAUUUCUUAUACAAGCCAUUAUGUUUUAGCAGAGAGUGUCCAAUAUUAAGUUAAAAUACCUACCUCUAAAAGCUGUCGUUGUGUUCUUAUUAUAACCCCAAAUCAGAAGAAGUUGGAAAAGUAUGGAAAAAACACAAUGUUUCUUACAUUUAUUACUUCUAUUUCAUUGCAGAAUCCAAGAUAUUUCAUGAUUUGUCUUGUUUGGCGCCAUUUCAUUUGUUAAUAAACAACCAUCCUGCUUGCAACACAUUCCAGAAAAAGUUUGGAUGUGGGUAAUUUUGGACUAGUAAUGAGGUAAAAAAAAAUUGGGGAGCAAAGAUGGGAGAAAAAUCUCCAGUUUGUUAACAAAUGCAGAAUAAGUAAAAUGUUUAAAAACAAUGUACCUCAAAGAUAGAUUGGAAUGGAUUUGCAUAUUUCUCCCUCUACAGUGCAUAAUAUCAUUAAACGAUUCGAGGAAUCUAAAGGAAUUUCAGUUUGUAAAUGGCAAGGGCACAAGCCUAAGCUGAAUGCCCGUGAUCUCCGAUCCCUCAGACGGCACUGCAUCAAGAACUGCAUGGGCAAGGGAUUACUUUGGCAAACCUUUGUCAAGCACUACAAUAUGGAGUUACAUGCACAAAUGGCACUUAAAACUUUACUGUGCAAAAAACAAAAAAGCCUAAUGUUAACCAUGUCCAGAAGCGGCGUCGACUUCUCUGGGCUCGGAGGCAUCUAGGAUGGACCAUCUCACAGUGGAAACGUAAUGCGGCCAGAUGAAUCAGCAUUCCAGGUCUUUUUUUCUUUUGGAAAAAAUGGACGCUGUGUGCUCCGGACCUAAGCCUAAAAGAACCACCCGGACUGUUAUCAGCAACAAGUCCAAAACCAGGAUGUGUCAUAGUUUGGGGUUGUGUCAGUGGCAAAGGUCAUUUACACUUCUGUGAUGACAACAUUAAUGCAGAAAAGUACAUUAAGAUUUUAGAGCAACAUGUGCUGCCUUCAAGGAAACAUCUUUUCCAGGGACGUUCAUUUAUUUUUCAACAAGACAAUGCAAAACCAUAUGCUGCACACUUACAAAGGCAUGACUGCAGAAGAAGAGUUACAGGUACUGGACUGGCCUGCCUGCAGUCCUGACCUGUCCCCAGCAGACAACAACAAACAUUUACUGUUGCACACUUUAAGACGUGUUUGCAGGAAAAAUAGGAGCAAAUAAGACCUGAAACACGUCAUCACUUGGUAUCUUCGGUGCCAAAACGUCUAUUAAGUGUUGUGAGAAGGAAUGGCAACAUUACAAUGUAGUUUAUGUUUUAGAGUACUAACUUUUUUUUGGAAUGUGAUGCAGGGCUGAAAUGCAGGAAUGGAUGUUUAAUAAUAAAUGAAAAUAGGUUUACCAGAAAGAACAUGAAAUAUCUUGGGUUCAUACUGUGUGACAUUAAAAAUACUAACUUUUUGUGAUUUGGGGUUGUAUAUUCAGUCAAAGCCAGAAUUGCUAAACCUUUUAAGAGUUAUAGCUAAAAAUCUUUCCAACAAAAUGAAUUCUAAAUAUCAUUUAUGAAUUACAUAGUGUAUAACCUAAGAUAAAAGUCAUUUAUUUUUAACCCAUGUAGUACAAACAUGUAAAACGUACAAAGCUAUUCAGCAUUUACCUUUCACUGGGGGUCACUAAUAUCUAUGAAAAAAACACAAACAUGUGCAUGUGUUGUUACCUGAACAUCAAUCUAAAAUUCUGUUUUGUGUGUGUUGUUUAACAGUAACUAUCAGAAGCCAAUACUGUCUGGCUUGAAAAACUUCCCAGGGGGCAUUUUAAAGUAAAGUAUUUUAAAGAGUGUUCGGUCUCUUCUUAAAUCUUCUUGGCUUUAAGCUUAUGUAGGGCACAAAUGUAAAGAAUAGGAAAUCAUUUGGGAUUUUACCUAAAAAGCCAAUAUAAAAAUAGUGUUUUCAAAUGUAUCCAUCACAGUGUGGACUUCUUUAUUAUGAAAUUCCUUCAACAAUGUUAUAAAUUACACUGAAUGAUUUUAUUUAAUGUUCAUGCUUAUGUAUUCAUUUGAAAAGUUAAAGCCAUUUAGCCAUUAAGAAAAUCAUUCUUAAGCCUAUUUCCCUCUGGGUCUUCUAUUCAGCUUAAAGAAGUAAGUGAAAUAGCAAAGCUAUUGAGUGUAGCAUCCUUCAAAAUUGACUUUAACUCUACAUAAUAUAACCAUCUAUCUAAAGCACUAAUCUACAGUUGUGGGGAAAAAGGUAACACUUUGGAUUUUCUUGUAUUUUAUUAUUACUAGUUCUAAAAGGCCCGUUCAGUUGGCGUAGCGGUAAAAACACAUGCUAGCACAUCGGAGCUGGGAUCUCGAACACAUCGUAUUGAAUCCUAGCUCCGCCAUCCCACUGGGCUGAGCGGCCACAUGAACAACCAUUGGCCUGUUGUUCAUAUAGGGGUGGGAUAAUAGUAAGCCAGAUAGGGUCUCCUCGUAACUGAUGCAACUACGACCUCUGCUGGCGCCUGCACAGGGGCGGGGAAGGAGUGCGUUGAUCAGGGUGUGUCUCUCCGUACACAGGGCUGAUCCGCAUUGGCACUCGCCUAGUGCAGGUGAAAAAAUGCAUACGGCUGCUGCCCAUGUGUCGGAGGGGGCGUGGGUUAGCUUUGUUCUCCUCAAUCAGAGCGGGGAUCGGCAUUAGUGGAGAGGAAGCAUGACGCAAUCGGGCAAUUGGACAUUACUAGUUCUGAAAUCUUUAUCCAAGUUAUACAAAUAAACACAUUUAGUGUAAACUAAUAGACAUGGAUAAUUUUAUAUCAAUACUUUUUGUCUUUACUAAAAACAUUUAAUGACAAACUGGAAAGGUUUAUACAUUUCUGAACUGAAGACCUGGACUAGAAGUCUUGGUUGGAGGAUAUUUUGCUGCCUUUGGACAGCUUUCAAUCAUUAAACAAACGUUAAAUUCAAAUAUAAUACACAACAUUAAUUAAGAUUAGUGAGAUGACGUAAUACACAAAAUGGUCUAAAAUUGCUCUGCACUGUAGUGAAUGUAUGAUCCUCAACUACAGGAGUCAUUAUGAUAGUUUAUUACUAUGUUUCUUUUAUUAUGACUACAUUUUAUGAGACAAUGCAGAAAUUCAAGUCAUUCAAAGUUGUUCACAAACUUUUUCUUCCAACUGUACAUCACAGAGCACUUACUGAAAUUGCUUCUAGUACAUCUUGACCUAUUGCAAUUUGUAUGAAUAUAAUGAAAACACAACAUUAUUUUUUUCCUCUAAAAGCUUGAUAAUCACUGGCAUUUUGUUUUCUAUUUCAAAUCAAUCAAAUGAGUUACAUAUCCUUGCUAAAUUUCAAAGAGUAAUAUAUAUUCGUGUUCAGUAGUCUUCCUCGUUAAAUAUCAAAUGCUGUCCAAAGGCUAUUUGAACUUGGUGACCCUGUUGCUAAUCUAUAAGGAUGUUUGAAUUAUUGUGUCUUUGUCUGAACUCCUGAAAAACGACUUGAAAAGUGGAGGGUGCCAUAGAAGUAACCCCCACAGUAGCUUAGUAGCGCAGAAUAGGCCAAGUUUGACCCCUUAACACUCUUCCACAAUAAAAAAAAUAUAUAAAAUAUACAGUACAUACAUUCAUAACUCGUAUUGGUGCAUACAUUUUCUGUUUUCCUGAUCUUUAUCUAGGAUAUAUAUAUAAACAUAGAAGCUGAGAAUUAAGUGACUCAUUGAUUGCACAGCAGUAAAUAGAUAGAACUCAGUAUAUUUUGGGAAUAUAAUCACUAAUGAGUUUUUGAUAUUUUACCAACAGUGCAUUGUGCAACUGCUUAAGAAAUUCUGAAAAAUCCUAAAGGUUUUUCUGAAGAAACUUAAUUCUAUUCUCAGUUAAGUGUUCAGUUUCAGGUUUUCUUAGUCUUUUCUCUUAGUACUAAACUUUAACAUAUAAGCUAAAAUUGUUUAGGUUUAUUUAAAGUUUGACGCAAUGGGGUCUAAGCUAUGUUUUACUUAAUGCUUAAGAAUAAGCUACAAUAGCACAAAUUUUAAGCUUAGUGCCGGCCCUAGCUUUACAGGGACCCAAAGUAAAAUUAUCAUUACAGUAACAGUGCAGUUUAGCAUUUUUGUAAAUCAUAACAUAUAGCAUAACCUACUAGGUAUCAAGCAAAAAUACAAAAACCAUUACCAAAGGCUCAUAUAGCUAACUUGCAGACAAACAUAAAACAUACAAAUUGGAUAGCAUGCACACUAAACAUAUUAAGGUCUUUAGCUAGCUAGCUACUAUAUUUUGCUGACAUCUACAAGCUACUUGGAUGUCAUUCUGUGGUGAAUAAUUCCGUUUCAUUGUUAUUGUCACAGACCGAUCACAUUUGGCUCAUUAAUAAAUACCAGUAAUUAUAGAUGACCCAUAUGAUCUUGAGAAAGGACCGGCACUGAUUAAGCUAAUGAUAAUGUGUAAGGCUUCAAAGCUAACAAAAUACAAACCCCAUUUCUGGAAAAGUUGGGACAAAUUUAUGAAAAACAAAUAUGUUUUAUUUGAUUAUUUGAACCUUCAUAUAACUGACAGAAGUACAAAGUAAAGAUUUCUAAUGUUUGUAAUAAUCAGUACAUUUUACUAAAUGUUCCAGCUAUUCUAGAUAUACAGUUUGUAGAUUUAAAAAAUGCCAUGCUGUUAUUUUACUGUGCAAUGCCAGGGCCACUUCUCAACGCAAGGUCACUUUUAAGGAUCUCUCAGUUCACGGGUAAUUGUGAUGUAUUUUUUUUUUAUUUCAAAAGAAUUUUGAUUCUUUAAAAAGCUUUUAUGUAACUGAAACAAAUAUUACACAGCUAUUGCUUUGUUUAAGAGAGGAAAAGUAUUUGUUCAAAUAUGAUCUGUAUUUAAUGUAUUUUUUAAAAUAAACACUAUUUUAAUUUA